AUUUGGGUUUUGCUUUUUUGUACUUCUUUUUUUUUCUUCCUUCAGUAGACAGAAAAGUUUAAAGGCAAAAGAAAUGGGUGACAACAAGCACUCGGCGCUACCGCCAAACUGGGAAGUUCGUCGCUCAACAACGUACAACCGCGACUACUACUUCAACACGGCAUCAGGCGAGAGCCGUUGGGACGCGCCGACGCCGAGAGUCAACAAGAAGAUGCGCGCCAGCCAUAUUCUCGCUAAACACGUUGACAGCAGAAGACCGAGCUCAUGGAGACAGGAGAAUAUUACGCUCACCAAGGAGGAGGCACUCAAGAGAGUCGAAGAGUUUAGGGAGAGGAUUGAGGCCGGUGAGAGCGUGUUUGCGGAUAUCGCCAAGGUGGAGUCGGACUGCAGUAGUGCGAAGCAUGGUGGGGAUUUGGGUUGGUUUGAGGAGGGCAAGAUGCAGCCGGCGUUUGAAAAGGGUGUUUUGGCCUUGGAGGUCGGAGAAAUGAGCAAGCCUGUAUGGACUGAUAGCGGCGUGCACAUAAUCCUGCGCACUGGAUAAGUUUCUUUUUUUUAAACAUUUUAUUAAGGACAAAUAUGAACGCUGGAAAAAGAAAAAAGGGUA